GCCUUUGUCUACGCAUGCUCCGUAACGGAAGAUUCCGCCAUCUUGUGAAGCAGGGGUUUUGGAGAGAUUAAACGGUGAGCUGGUUAUCGUCUGGCGCCUCCGUUUUCAUCUGCCGCCGGUUGUGUAGUCUGGAUCACCUGAAUCUUUCCGAAAAAGCAGAAAAAAACAAAGAAAAAGCUGCUCUAGAGAGUGACCAAGACAAUUUUGGCCUUAAAGUGGACAUUGUCACAAAAAAAAAUUAAAAAGAUGUUAUAUCAGAGCUUGACUGCAAGAAAAACAUGUCUAAAAUCAGUCUGUACCUAAGAUUCAGUUUUUCUCUAGUUUGUAAAAAUGGAAGGCGAGAUGGCAGAAGCCAUUGUUGAGGAUUCUGAGUCCUUUAUGAAAAGAAAAGAAACAAAGACUUAUCAGAGACGAAGAGAGGGUGGUGCAGAUGAAGAUAGCUGUGUUAUGGUUCAGAGUCAGACAGAUGUGAAUGACGUGUCCAGUGAUGUUAAUAGCAAUGUUCAGAUGGUUAUGAUGGAGCAGCUUGACUCUACAAUUCUACAGAUGAAAACUGAAGUCAUGGAAGGUGUAGUUCCCCAAGAAGGUGACACUACAGUGGAUGACACACAGAUCAUAACCUUACAAGUUGUAAAUAUGGAGGAACAGCCAAUUAAUUUAGGAGAACUGCAGCUUGUUCAGGUCCCUGUAGCUGUUCCGGUUUCUGCUACUUCUGUGGGUGAGCUUCACGCUGCCUAUGAAAAUGAGGUGGGCAAAGAAGGAGAGCCAAUGAUUUGUCACACACUGCCCCUUCCAGAGGGUUUUCAAGUUGUUAAGGUUGGAGCAAAUGGUGAGGUGGAAACAUUAGAACAAGCAGAGCUCCAAUCACAAGAAGAAUCAACAUGGCAAAAAGAUCCAGAUUACGCACCACCUGUCAAAAAAACUAAGAAAACAAAGAAAAGUAAAUUACGCUACACGGAAGAAGGGAAAGAUGUUGAUGUUUCAGUUUAUGACUUUGAAGAAGAACAGCAGGAAGGACUGCUCUCAGAAGUCAAUGCAGAAAAAGUAGUUGGGAAUAUGAAGCCCCCUAAGCCAACAAAAAUUAAAAAGAAAGGUGUGAAGAAGACUUUCCAGUGUGAACUUUGUAGUUAUACUUGUCCUAGGCGUUCUAAUCUUGAUCGUCAUAUGAAGAGUCACACUGAUGAACGGCCUCACAAAUGCCACCUCUGUGGCCGAGCGUUUAGAACAGUUACCUUGCUUAGGAACCAUCUCAAUACUCAUACAGGUACUAGGCCUCAUAAGUGCCCAGACUGUGACAUGGCCUUUGUGACUAGUGGUGAAUUAGUCAGACAUCGACGUUACAAACAUACUCAUGAGAAACCUUUUAAAUGUUCAAUGUGUGAUUAUGCUAGUGUUGAGGUAAGCAAGUUGAAGAGACAUAUCCGUUCUCAUACAGGAGAGCGUCCUUUUCAAUGCAGUUUGUGCAGUUAUGCCAGUAGAGACACCUACAAACUGAAGCGACAUAUGAGAACUCAUUCAGGUGAAAAGCCAUAUGAAUGCUAUAUUUGCCAUGCACGUUUUACCCAAAGCGGUACAAUGAAAAUGCAUAUUCUGCAGAAGCAUACUGAGAAUGUUGCUAAAUUUCACUGUCCACAUUGUGAUACGGUUAUUGCAAGAAAAAGUGAUUUGGGCGUUCAUCUACGUAAACAGCAUUCUUUCAUUGAGCAAGGCAAGAAGUGCCGCUAUUGUGAUACAGUCUUCCAUGAGCGUUAUGCCCUCAUUCAGCACCAGAAAUCUCACAAAAAUGAAAAAAGAUUCAAAUGUGACCAGUGUGAAUAUGCAUGCAGACAGGAACGUCAUAUGAUAAUGCACAAACGUACCCAUACUGGUGAGAAACCAUAUGCAUGUAGCCAUUGUGACAAAACAUUCCGUCAGAAGCAGCUUUUGGACAUGCAUUUCAAGAGAUACCAUGAUCCUAGCUUUGUACCUGCUGCAUUUGUGUGUUCGAAGUGUGGAAAAACCUUUACACGCAGGAAUACAAUGUCAAGACAUGCAGAUAAUUGUACUGGACCUGAUGGUACAGAUGGAGAAAAUGGAGGGGAUGGUGAAGCCGUGCAUAAAAAAGGGAAACGUGGACGUAAGAGAAAGAUGCGCUCCAAAAAGGAAGGUUCAACUGAUAGUGAGGAUAAUGCAGAUCCAGAUUUGGAUGAUGAUGAGGAGGAGGAAGAGGAGGAUGAACUCCCGGUUGAGAUCGUAGCUGAACAUGAGCAUGAACAGGAACAGCCACUAUCUCCACUAGGCGCUCCAGCAAAGAAACGAAGAGGAAGGCCUCCAGGAAAAACUAAUCAGCCAAAACAAUCUGCUGCUGUUAUUCAUGUGGAAGAUCAAAGCACAGAAGAAAUUGAAAAUAUCAUAGUACAAGUGAAGAAAGAAACAGAUAUGGAAGCGGAAGUAGUAGGCGCUCCACCAGCUGCUCCUACAGUUGAAGCUCCAAAUGGAGAUUUCAGCACUCCAGAGAUGAUCUUUAGCCUGAUGGACCGGUGAUGACUGAAAGAUUAUUGCCUUCUAAUUGAACUGGCCCGGGCUGUGUUUAAAUGGCUCACCUUUAUUUUAUGGGAAAUGUUUUAUUUUAUUUUUUUGGUUAAUUUUGCUUUCAGUAAAUUUUAAGGACUUUUACUAAACCCUAAAGGGGAAAAGUGAUAAUGCACAUUGGCUAACGGAGGAUGUGAUCUUCAAAAUCUGAAUACGUGAAAUCAUGGACUAAGAAGAUGUAUGUAGUGUUGGCAUUUUAGAGAUUUCACUAAAGGAAAAGUGACUACUUUCAUAGUUGCUUAUUUUUUUAUGAAUUGACAUUGAGAUCUCAAGAAAGGCUCUUUU